AGGUAAUAAAGAUUAUUAACCAUCCUGAACAUGUUUUUUCAUCUGAUUUCAGGAAGUUGCUCCUAGGUCACCAUUUCUGUGUACCCCAGAGUGGAUCAAAUGUAUACUUUAAAUCCUUCAUUCCCUCGGCUAUUAGAUUACUCAACAUUGACAGGGUUCAUUUAGAUUAAUUUUUCUAUGAUUGUUCAUUUUUAGACACUUGUCCUGUUUAUUUAUUUUAUGUUUAAUGUAUUUAUUUUAAUUCUUUUCCCAUGACCUCAUUCUUUGUUGAUCUCUGCCUUGACAUGCAACAGUGUUUGUGUUUAAGGACUAGGUUGUGUGAGAAGGUUGUAUCAGUAAGAUGCAAACAAAUUGUCCUUUUUUGGCAUUAAUAAAGUGAUCUGAAUCUGAAUCGACUAAAUAUAGAUGAUUUUCAUGUAUGUAACCCUUUUCCAAGACACAUGUAAUUGUAUCUUGGAUACAAGAUACAGUUACAUGUAUCUUGGAAAAAGUGGACAGAUUUGCUAAAAAGCAUCAUAGGUUCAUCAUAGGUAGGUUUAGGAUAAGGAUGUGAUAAGGUUUAUAGUCAGGUACAGAAAUUCCCCACGUCAGUGAGUAUUCUCACAGUGACCAAACAUCCAAGUGUGAGGUGUGUUUUUUCCUAUUUCACUUUGUGAAUCAUAUGAGUUGUUUUUAAAAUGUUUCAUACUAGUUAAAAAUCUCCUUUAUAACGUAGUCUGCAGGGUAGAGCUCGUGAUUUUAACAUAUACUGUAUCAGGUUUAAAUUGUGACGUUCCUAUUGUAGACAGAGAUACGGCUUGUAUAGAGCGCUGCCUCUAUAUGUGUCUGUACAUGCUGCCACAGGGGGACAGAGCUGAAAGAAAAGUGUUUGCUUCAGCAUGUUGCAUUGACACUGACAGUCCUGCAUACCUAUGCACAUCCCCAGUUCCAGAGCAAGCCAUUUACAAACAAACAAAAAACCCCAAAAGGAACAACCCUUCUCUAAGGGCACACAAAUGCCAGAGACUGCACACACACACACACACACACACACACACACACACACACACACACACACACGUGUGUCAUUUGCACCGUGGCCCCUGUGGUGUCUCAUUCAAGUGUAUCUCACUGAGCGAGACUCAUGGCAGCAAAAGAUUUUGCUUUCCUCAACAAAAAAUCAGAGGGGACAACUUUACAGUUGUAGUAUUGUCUCUGACUCUCUCGCUCUCUUUCCAGCCUGCUCUCUCUUCUCCCCCUCUGCCUGUUCAUAUUUACUCUAUCUACCUCUGGAAGGCGGGCAGUAGAGAAAGGUGCAUUUCCAGAAACGAGGUGCUCUACAGCGGCCCCAUUAUCUCUGCUCAAAAUGUACAGCUUCAUGGGAGGGGGCCUGUUCUGUGCCAUAGUGGGUAAUAUCCUGUUAGUGGUCUCCACUGCCACGGACUACUGGAUGCAGUAUCGACUCUCUGGAAAUUAUGCCCACCAGGGUCUCUGGAGGUACUGCAUGUCCAACAAGUGCUACAUGCAGACCGACAGCAUAGCUUACUGGAAUGCCACCAGGGCCUUCAUGAUCCUUUCAGGGAUGUCAUGCUUUGCAGGCAUCAUUGCUGGCAUCAUGUCCUUUGCGCACUUUUCCUCUUUUGAAAGGUUCAACCGCUCCUUUGCUGCAGGAAUCAUGUUUUUUGUCUCAACUUUCUUUGUUCUCCUGGCGAUGGCCAUCUACACUGGGGUGACAAUCAACUUCCUGGGAAAGCGGUUCGGUGACUGGCGCUUCUCUUGGUCGUACAUACUCGGCUGGGUGGCGAUGCUCAUGACCUUCUUUGCAGGUAUUUUCUACAUAUGUGCCUACAGAAUGUGUGAAUGCAGGAGAGGAACCGGACCACGCUAGAGCGAGACAGGCAGCUUGUUUAAGGAAAUAAAGACACGCUGCCUCUUCGAAUACACGAAAGGCAGAA